GAAUAUUGUGUCCAACGCGCAGUUCUCAGCGCUGAACGUGCGGCGCGGCGGAUUUGUAGAUUUUUUUCUUGCAAAUGUUUUUCAUUGCCAAGGUUAGGUCAACGUCACAGAAUAAUCAUAGUGUUUAGGCUGUCCCAUGUAAUAUUGUGUCCGUUUCCCAUCGCAUCGUCAGCUGAUGCGCUGAUUAUUGCACCACAUUGUCGUCGGCGAUAACCGGUAUAUUUGUUUCCUUCUGCCAUUAGCGGCCAGCACGCGACGGUGUAAUAUUCAAAGAGGUGUUUUGUGUGUUAUUCGCCGCGGUUCGUCCGACCAUGGAAGAACAAUGGAAAAAAAUCACCAUCAUGACCACCGUGUACGCGUUCGCCCUGGAGAUACGACCUUUGGAUCCUUUUCUGGCCGCAUACUUGACCGGGCCCGACAUAAAAAUGUCACUGCAAGAGGUGACGGAUCGUUUGACGCCUUUUAGAGUGUACUCGUCGGUGAUCGGCACGGGUCUGGGCUUUUUCCUGACCGACUAUUUACGCUACAAACCGGUGAUGGUGUUCAACGGAAUUAUCGGCGUGUUGGCCUACGUCAACUUCAUCGGUUCGCCCGACAUGGUUCAGCUAUUGAUCGCCAGCAAUUGCUUGUCGCUGUUCCUGAGCGUCGAGAUAACUUACUUCAGUUAUUUGUACGCACAAAUCAGCAACAAAAACCACUAUCAGCUGGCCACGGGAUACGCCAAGGCGGGCUGUCUGAGCGGCGCUUGCAUUUCCGGUCUCGUCGGUCAACUGAUUGUCUUCAGCGGCAACGGCAACUACACCGCCCUGCCGUACAUAAGCCUGGCCGCAAUGGCCGUCGCGUUAGUUUGGGCUUGCUUUUUGCCGCCCGUCGAGUACAGCAACUACUUCAACUUGGCCGACGACGAGCCCGUGAUCACGUCCAAGACGGCCCUAUACGAUGCCAGUAUAACCAAUUACACGGAAUCGUCAUCGGCUGAUAAACAAGAACACCGCCGUUUAGCAGCAAGUCCGUUUAAACGUAUAUACCACGACUUCAGAGUGUCGUACCGCGAUCCUGCCGUGUUGAAAUGGUCCAUUUGGUACACGCUGGCUUUGGCCAUUUUCAUAGAGAUCACGUUGAACAUCAACAUUUUGUUUUCUUACUUGGCGGACAUGCGCGGAAACCGCACGCCUCUGCUGAACGGACUGGUCGUCUCCGUUGCUACUAUGUGCGGAGCCCUGUCGACCUAUUCGAUCGGCCAGACCACCGCGGUGGACUGGAACGUUUGGGGCGACUUGUUUUUCGGAUGCGGCUCCAUCGCGCUGGGAGUGCUGACGGGCCUGUGCUACUUCUCAAGCGACACUUACGCGUACUUCAUGUACAUCUCCUACUACGCCCUGGCCCAGACCAUGUUCGUGAUAGCCAUAUCGGAAAUUGCCAAACGGAUGAAGGCGACUUGUUACGGUCUGGUGUUGGGAUUCAACGCUUUCGCGGCUCUCUGUUUGGCCGCAUGUUUUUCCAUGUUCGUCAUCCAAAUGAACGUUUUCGACACGACCACGCCGGGACAGUUCCUAUUCUACGGAGGAACGUACUUGACCCUCGGUAUAAUAUUUCUCGGCGUUUGUGUUUUGAAGAUGUUUCAAAUCCUCGACUAAUAUGGGGAUCUAUCUAUCCCAGUGACGUCGUGGACUUGUCAAAAGAAGCAUAACUUCUUAACGAGUCUUCCAGCAGACAGACAACUGAUAAUCGACGAUUUUACAGCAACGGAGCGGUUAUUUUCUUAAUUUUUUUUUUUUUUUAAUGAGAAAACAAGUUCAAUUGUUAUGCGUUAUUUUACCGAUUCUUGUUGAAAUUAACUGCAUACUUGAUUGGCUUGCAAAACUUAUUUUUGUAGUUUUUGGCUCGUGAAUAUAUUUUAUCUUAACUUUAAAGUUGUUUUGCUGGUAUAAGGCUACACGGGUCUAUAGCGCAGUUUGUUUGCUACACAUAAGUUUAAAUGUCAACAGUCGCAUUGUCACUUUCAAUAGACUUAGGCACAAGGAUUUGUUCACCCAAACAG